AUGAUAGAAAAAAAUUUGCAUUUUAAAGUUAUAUUGCUUCUUGACAACGCUGGUUGCCACAAUAUACAGCUAGACCAUCCAAAUGUGAAAAUAGUCUUUCUUCCUCCUAACUGCACAUCAUUAAUACAACCUUUGGAUCAAGGAAUUAUUCAAACUUUAAAAAUGUACUACACACGUCGAUUUUUUCAAACAAUUUUUGACAGACUAGAAAAUAGUAAUAAAACUCUUAUUGAAGUGUGGACUGAAUUUUCUAUUUUAGAUUGUAUUACAGCUUUAUCGUCGGUUUGCGAGGAAAUUAAACCAUCAACGCUUAACUCGUGUUGGAAGCCUCUUUUACCUGAAAUAGUUCACACAAUGCAAGAUGAUUCUACAAUUUCACUCCCAGCUGCAGAAAUAAUAAAUAUGGCUUCCCGCUUAUGCGAUGACGCCUUUGAAGUAAAUAUCGACGACGUACGACAACUUGUUCUCGAGGAAGAAACUUUGGAUGAGGAGGAAUUGAUAGAAUUAAUUGAUGGGCCUGCCUCAAAUACAUUGGUAAAUGAAACAGAUGAAAUCGAAUGGAUUCCACAUCUCGAUAUACAAGAUGUAGAAAAAGGAUUUAAAUUGGCGAAAGAAUUGGAACUUCAUUUUAUUCAAGCAGAUAAUUCAACAAUGCGAAGUGCAAAAUUUAAAAGAGAGUUAAACAGUUGUUUAGCUCCCUAUAGAGAAGUUUUACAAGAAUUGAAAAAAUAA